CGCGUCCCUCUCGCGAGCGUUCAUUUCCGCCGACCGGGCCCUGCGCCGUCGCUAGGAGCUGCGGGAAAGAAAGCGCGCGUGCGCGUGCGCAGCUCCUUUUCCCGGGGUCUGACGGGACCGAAAGAGGUCUUCUGCGCGUGAGGCCAAGAUGUCAGAAGAUCUUGCAAAACAGCUAGCUAGCUAUAAAGCUCAGCUCCAGCAAGUGGAAGCUGCUUUGACAGGAAAUGGGGACAAUGAAGAUUUGUUAAAACUCAAGAAAGAUUUGCAGGAAGUUAUAGAAUUAACCAAAGACCUUCUUUCAACACAACCUUCAGAAACACUUGCAAGUUCUGACAGUUCUGCUUCUGCUCUCCCCAGUCACACUUGGAAGGUUGGAGACAGAUGUAUGGCAAUAUGGAGUGAAGAUGGACAGUGUUAUGAAGCGGAAAUUGAAGAGAUUGAUGAAGAGAAUGGUACAGCUGCAGUCACAUUUUCGGGAUAUGGCAAUGCUGAAGUCACUCCACUGCUGAAUCUGAAACCUGUGGAAGAGGGAAGGAAAGCAAAGGAAGACAACGGCAACAAGCCCAUGUCCAAGAAAGAAAUGAUUGCUCAGCAGCGAGAAUACAAAAAGAAGAAAGCUUUGAAAAAGGCUCAGCGAAUCAAAGAACUAGAGCAGGAGCGAGAGGAUCAGAAAGUCAAAUGGCAGCAGUUCAACAACAGAGCAUAUUCAAAAAAUAAAAAAGGCCAGGUAAAGCGAAGCAUCUUUGCUUCUCCUGAAAGUGUAACAGGGAAAGUUGGAGUUGGGACGUGUGGAAUUGCAGACAAGCCCAUGACACAGUACCAAGAUACAUCCAAGUACAAUGUCAGACAUUUGAUGCCCCAGUAACUAAGUGGGGAAAUGACUAAACAUCACCUCUGCAGGGCUUUACAUUUACCUUUUUAUUGUUAUAUUUUUCUAAAAGUAAAACUGUUGGUGCAUAGUGAAAUGAUUGUUACCAUCAGUUGGCUUAUGCUGGUACAAGCCUUAAGUAAAACAAUAGAUGUUCAGAUGGACCCCUUCAUUAUUCUAAAACAAAACUUGCAUCAAUUUGUGCAAGUCAGACCAUCGAGGAGAUGUUCUUUGCAGUAUACUGAAGUCUGUUUUUCUCUAGAGUGUCCUCAAUGGGAAUCAAACAAAUUAUUGUGUAAUAAAACAGUCACCCUAGCUUUCUUGCUCUUUCUUAUGUGCUUACAGUCCUGUCAUCUUGCAGGGAUAAAUAUUUGAAUGCCUUUUAUCUCUGAAGAGCUAAUCUAGGAGAGAAAGUUACCCAGAUUUCAUCUAGUUUGAAUUGAAAAUCAAACUGUUAACUGAGUACAGGCUAUGUGUAUCACUGUUUCCCAAGCCUUUCCAAAAUCAGUGCCAGAUCGGGCAGGUUACGCACCUUAACACCGGGUUAGGAGAAAGGUAGAAUAAUACUUGCUUCCUUGGCUUGCUCAGGCCAAGGAAGCAGACAUAUUGCCAUAUACUCUGGCCUAUAUAGUCUGCAGUUUAGGAUUCAUGAGCCAGAUCGUGCUGGAAAGAGUGUUAAAAUAGUUAUCUGUAUGAGCAAAAUCAAGGAUGCACAAAGUUCAGCCACAAUGCAUGCUUGCCAUUGAAUACAUGGCUUGCUCCCCUGAGGUUAAGGGAUUUGGUCUGUCUUCUCACAUGUCUUCAGAGGUGUGCUGAGGCUCAGUGUGGCUGCAGGGGAGUGCCUCUAUUCUCACUUCCUCAUUCUCUAAGCUUGGCUAAUUGUGGAAGUGUAUCUCACAUUGAGCCUUAGUGACUUGGAGAACAGAAAAUAUAUCAUUUCCCAUGCCUUUCUAACAUCUGUGCUCGGUCUUGGAGAUUACUCCACUUGAACUACAGAGUAGGAGAAAGGUUGAGGAAUCUCCCGUAUGUUUCCGAAUUUCGAAAAGCAUUUUGCUGCUUUUCAUAAUAGAGGCAAUCAUGCUGGGGGAAUCUCCCUGAUUUGCACUGCCCCUCUACAUUCAGCAUAAGGUCUUGGAGGUCCCCCCCCUUCCCCAGCUCAAGAGAAGGGCACGCAUGUAGUGAAUGGCAUGCUGGAAAGUGCUUUUGUGAACCAUUGGGCAAUAGCACAUUUGACCUGACACUCCAUAGCAAGUAUAGGCAAUUCAGUACUCUUCACAGAGUCUAGACUAUAAUUUUGUAUAAUCACAAACCAUUGGUUUUGUUGGCUUGAGCUGAUAAAAGUUGCAGCCCAAAAAAUUUGGAGGGCACUUGAUUGCCUAUCCUUUGUCUAGCAUGGGUGGCUCUCUAAAUGUUGUUGGAUAUCUGUGUAGAGCUGAUUGGAUUUUGAUUCCAGAAACAUCUGAAGGGCCACAGGUUUCAGUCUACAAGAUUUAUACAUGGGCUGAGUGAAAUUUAGAGUAGCACUUUAAAGUUUGUGAGAGUCAAAUGCUACAUUCAGAAGUAGAUUUUUCCAUUUAGAGAAUUGGUGAGUUCUUUGAUGCUUUUAUGUUAUGGAUAAGUAUACAGCAAAUAAUUCACAUUUGCUGAAUAAUUUUUAUGGUCUAUCCAGCUUUUUAACUGCAACAGGAGGUUCCUCUCAAAAGAAUGCCUAACUUCUACCUUAGUAUUGCUAGCCCACCUUGAUUUUAGUUUGGAAACCAUGUGUAAGUUUUGGCCUUUUUGUAUCUCGUGGAUGCAGUUGCUUCCCUUUGCCAUUUGUAUUGCUUAGGGUAGUAGUGCCAUCUCUCAAUCUUGAAAUGUGUUUGAAGCAAAAAGUUAAUGUAUAGCCCUGUAACACAAUGUAGAUAAUUAUUUUUGUAAAAUAUGGUGUUAAGUUAAUGAACAAGACUGGAUUUACUUAUUUCUCCUGCUAAAUAAUUCAAGAGUAAUUCUUGCUCAUUAAUCUGAACUCCAUUUGCCAUGUAUAUUAUGUUGUAGUUCCCUUUUGUAAUUUGUUUCUGAAUUAAAGUAUGAUCAGGCAUCAUCAACAUUUGUUGAUGUGCUGAUUAGUGAAAAUGGCUGUCAGUUUAUCUAAAGUCCAUAUCUAGUAGGUUAGAAGCCAUCCAUAGAGAGAGGCUCUUUCCUGUCAACAAAAGGAGGCAAUUUUUAUGACUGUGUUGAUUUCAGUUUUGUAUGUUUAACUUUUAUUAAAAUAAAAUGUUCAAAAUCUUU